GAUGUUUCUGCCCCUGGGUUAACAAUCAAGAUGGUACAUGCUGAAGCCUUUUCUCGUCCCUUGAGUCGGAAUGAAGUUGUUGGUUUAAUUUUCCAUUUGACAAUAUUUGGUGCAGUAACAUACUUUACUAUCAAAUGGAUGGUAGAUGCAAUUGAUCCAACCAGAAAGCAAAAGGUAGAAGCUCAGAAACAGGCAGAAAAACUAAUGAAGCAAAUUGGUGUGAAAAAUGUGAAGCUCUCAGUGAGUAUUGCUGCUCAUCUGGUAGACCCUCUUAAUAUGCAUGUUACUUGGAGUGAUAUAGCAGGUUUAGAUGAUGUCAUUACAGAUCUGAAAGACACGGUCAUUUUACCUAUCAAAAAGAAGCAUUUGUUUGAAAAUUCCAGGCUUCUGCAGCCUCCAAAAGGUGUUCUUCUCUACGGGCCUCCAGGCUGUGGUAAAACAUUGAUUGCCAAGGCAACAUCCAAAGAAGCAGGCUGUCGAUUUAUUAACCUGCAGCCCUCAACACUGACCAAUAAGUGGUAUGGAGAAUCUCAAAAAUUGGCUGCUGCUGUUUUCUCUCUUGCCAUAAAGCUACAGCCUUCCAUCAUCUUUAUAGAUGAAAUAGACUCCUUUCUACGAAACCGUUCAAGUUCUGACCAUGAAGCUACAGCCAUGAUGAAAGCUCAGUUUAUGAGUCUCUGGGACGGAUUGGAUACUGAUCACAGCUGCCAGGUCAUAUUAAUGGGAGCUACUAAUCGUCCCCAGGAUCUUGACUCGGCUAUAAUGAGGAGAAUGCCUACAAGAUUUCAUAUCAACCAGCCUGCUUUAAAACAAAGAGAAGCAAUCCUGAAACUCAUCUUGAAAAAUGAAAAUGUGGAUAGGCAUGUAGACCUGCUAGAAGUUGCCCAGGAAACUGAUGGGUUUUCAGGAAGUGACCUAAAAGAAAUGUGUCGAGAUGCUGCUCUUCUCUGUGUCAGAGAAUAUGUUAAUUCCACAUCAGAAGAAAGCCAUGAUGAAGAUGAAAUUCGGCCUGUGCAACAGCAAGACCUGCAUCGGGCAAUUGAAAAGAUGAAGAAAUCAAAGGAUGCAGCAUUUCAGAAUGUUUUAACACAUGUUUGUUUAGAUUAAGAGUAAAGAUCAUUUGUACAGUUCA